AUGGGCAACCAGUCCUCACGACUACUCGACGACCUCGUCGACUCCACUCAUUUCUCACAUGAAGAAAUUGAGCGCAUCCGUCGCCGUUUCCUCAAACUCGAUCAAAAUAGAUCAGGCGGUAUAGAUCGUCAAGAGUUCCUGUCUAUCCCACAAAUUGCCAGCAAUCCACUUGCGCAUCGAUUGUUUGCCGUGGUGGAUAAGGACGGCGGUGGAGAUGUGGAUUUCCAGGAGUUCAUUGAGGCGUUGAGUACGUUUAGUCAUAAAGGCGACAAGGAAUCGAAGCUCAGAUUCGCGUUUCAAAUCUAUGAUAUUGAUCGGGAUGGGUAUAUCUCAAAUGGCGAGCUAUACCUCGUGCUCAAGAUGAUGGUGGGCAGUAAUUUGCGAGACGGACAGUUGCAGCAGAUUGUGGACAAGACAAUCAUGGAAGCAGACAAGGACCGUGAUGGCAAGAUUUCAUUUGAAGAAUUUCGAGACAUGGUCGGUAGUCCAGAUAUGUCUGGUAUGACUCUCCUUGAGAUUUGA